AUGGGUGUGGGAUUAAUUUUGGUGAACCAGGAAGGUAUAGGACCUUUGGGUGUGGGGUGGAAGUAUGUGUUAAAUUCAUGCCAGGAUAGCCUUCUGUUCGAUUGGAAAGUAUUUAUUGUCAAAUGCGAAGUGAAGGCCUAG